AUGACAGUUUCCGGUCCACCCCCAAAACCCCCAACGCCCAGCGCAGAACACGUCGAUUCACGAGUGGCCCGGAAGCGGAAGCAGGCCGAGCUCUUGAAAAAGGGCCAGGAUAUGCGGGCUCUGGAGAGCGGAAAAGGGGGCGGGUCUGCGAAGACGAAGAGGUUUUGGAAGGAUGUACAUGUGAAGCAUGAAAAAGAGGGUCUACAAAUCUACCUCGACACGCGCCCGCUCCGCCGGCCCUCAAAAGCAAUCCUCACCAUCCCGCACCAAAAACCCCACCUCGCCUCCGCCAUAGCCCUGGAAUGGGACCUCCUCGUCUCGGCGCAGCAAGCGCUCCGCCACCACCUGAUCCCGCUCACAUCCCUCGUGUCCCGCGCGCUCGACAUAGCAGACGAAGACGCAGCCGGUCCCAGCAGCGGCGAUAUCCGCGCCAACAUCGUCAAGACGGUAAUGCGGUACCUCGACACCGAUUCCCUGCUCUGCUGGGCGCCCGAAGCAAGUCCAGACCCCCCCGGCUACGAGACACACGUUGGGCGCACGGAGAGCCUGCGCUCGAUACAGAAGCGUACGGCCGAGUCCAUCAUCUCCUUUUUGACCGAGAGGGUUUGGCCGGGCGUAGUAAUCAUACCGGUACUUGAUGAGGGCUCGAUCAUGCCGCGCAGCCAGCCGCAGAUGACAAAGGAUGUUAUCCAGGGGUGGGUGAGCGGGCUUCCGGCUUUCGAGUUAGCGGGGCUGGAGAGAGCGGUUCUGGCUGGAAAGGGACUGUUGGGUGCGGCGAGGUUGCUGGUGGAAUGGAGUACGGAACUAGCGCAUUUGAGGGAUGAGGGUACGGGGGAGAAGUUUGGAGUUGAGGAGGCGGCGAGGGCGGCGACCUUGGAGGUGGUGUGGCAGACGGGCAUGUGGGGGGAGGUGGAGGAUACGCAUGAUGUGGAGAAGGAGGAUGUGAGGAGGCAGUUGGGGAGUGUUAUUUUACUGGUUUCCGGACAGCAGGCAUAG